AUGAAUACAAGAUUCGCCUUCUUGGUUCUCUUUCUCUUUGCGGCACAAUCUGUGGCCGUCUACGCGGGCAGCUUCCACAAAGACGUUCAGAUACAUUGGGGUGAUGGUCGUGGAAAGGUUCGCGACAGAGAUGGAAAGCUUCUUUCCCUCUCUCUCGACAAGUCCUCUGGUUCAGGUUUUCAGUCCAAUCAGGAGUUUCUUUACGGAAGAGCCGAGGUUCAAAUGAAACUUGUCGGUGGUAACUCUGCCGGAACAGUCACAACAUUCUACCUUAAAUCGCCGGGAACUACGUGGGAUGAGAUCGAUUUCGAGUUCUUGGGAAACAUAAGUGGUCAUCCUUAUACUCUACACACCAAUGUUUACACACAAGGCUCUGGAGACAAAGAACAACAGUUUCAUCUAUGGUUCGACCCGACCGUUAACUUUCACACUUACUGCAUCACAUGGAAUCCCCAAAGGAUUAUUUUUACAGUUGAUGGAAUUCCGAUUAGAGAGUUCAAGAACAGCGAAUCCAUUGGAGUUCCGUUCCCAAAGAACCAACCAAUGAGGCUCUACGCGAGCCUUUGGGAAGCUGAACAUUGGGCCACAAGGGGAGGAUUAGAGAAAACUGAUUGGUCAAAAGCUCCUUUCACUGCUUUUUACAGAAACUACAACGUGGAGGGAUGUGUAUGGGCUAAUGGAAAAUCAUCUUGCCCUGGGAAUGCCCCAUGGUUCACUCAAAAACUUGAUUUGGAAGGUGAGAAAAAAAUGAAAUGGGCGCAGGGAAAGUACAUGGUCUACAACUAUUGCACCGAUAAAAGAAGGUUCCCUCGAGGGACAUUAAUAUUUCCACAUAGCCGUUGUCGUCAGAUUCUCCCGAAGGAUGCAUCUAUGUACAUGUGUAUGAAUCUUGACUCCGGAGAGCAUCUAUGUACAGUGAGGGAAGAUGACACCCUGAAUAUCCUUCUCGAGUUUGUUCCUGAUGGAUCUAUAUCAUCGCUCUCGGAGAAAUUUGGACAUUUUCCUGAAUCACAUUCUUUUGUUACGGGAAAACACAAGGAAUCUUCUUUUACUGAUCUUGGUUCUGUCAUGAACAAUGCUAGUACUUCUCCGACUGUCACAGUUAACCAACACUAAAAGCUCAUUCUACAUGCAAAGACGCAGGAGACAUGUGUAACUUGGGCAGUCUGACUUAUUCAGUUGCAUAUCCUGUGAAAUCAAAUCCAAAACAUCAAUUUCUGGCAACCAAAUGAUAAUGGAGGUGAUGAAGACGAUACGUGUUUGAUUGAUGAUGAGAAUUACUUGACAUUUGAUGGAAAGGCGAGGCCUACCCUUGCGAAUAAUAGUGAUCUGAAGAAGAGCUGUGAUGCCAUAAGUGAUAUGUCUCCAAAUCAGAUGAAAGUCCUGGUAAUGAAGAGAAAGAAACUAAAACGAACAUGGAAGUUGCCCAGACUUCAUAUACAGAGGAUGAUGAGGAGCUGACCGAGUCAAAAUUAAAGCUUUCUUGGAUGAGAAGGUGCUUCAUCAACACUAUAUUACACUAUCAUAGUGCUGAAUCUAUCAAUCGCAGGCUGAAGACCUAAAGAAGUUACAGACGCAUCUAUAUCAACAGAGAUAAUUAGAGAAGCUCUUUUUGGAAACGAUGCAGUAGACCAACUCUCGAAGUUUAAUCAGGAAUCUUCUAACAAAAAUGGAUGAGGCAACGCCUGCUUUGAGGAAGCCUGUGUUCACCAAGGUGAAUGAGCUGAGACGUGAAAAUUGUCAGCAGUCAGCACGAAGAUGGUGAUGCAGAGAGGAGGAGAUCAUCGCAGUGGUCCCCAGGCUCGUCAGAUGCAGAUAGCAGAAUGUCUUGUUGGAGAUGAGACUGGAAUCAUUAUCUUUACCGCACGAAACGAUCAAGUGGAUAUGAUGAAAGAAGGCAAGAUUGUGAGCCUGCACAAUGCGAAGAUCGACAUGUACAAGUCGCGGAGGAGCCCACAGACAUCACUGUGAAGGAAGAUUACAAUCAUUCGCUCAUCGAGUAUGAGGUUGUGAGCGUUGAAGCUUGAUGUGCUCCUCGACCAAAGGAAACCAGAGCGACUCAAAGACUCGUUUUCUAGUGGGAGAAGCAUCAGAUUUUGAAUUUUGCUAUCAGACAAUCAUCUCAGGAGUGCGCCUUGUGAUUAUUGCAUGGUUCUUUGUUGAUUGCAUUGGUGUGCUUUGUGUCAAGAACACAGGGAAAUGAAGAAGAUGUCUGAUGUAAUGAAAUUCAAGAGUCAACAGACGCUGAGAGAAAAAAACUUCAAAAUAAAGAUAAGUUUUCUAUUCUUUUUUUUUUUAUUUAUCC